GCCUGAAUGUGAUCUUCCUACUUCUUCCUAUCUUCUUCACAACUUUCGGCAAACUUCCUUUUCUCAAAUAUUUCCGCGUAAGAAAUGAAAUGAAUGCUGUCUGGUUUCACCAUGACUUCUUGGAGAAUGCGUCAGUACUUGCUGAUAAUCACUGUCUGGCUUGGAGGAAUCGGGACGUGCAUGCUCUUCUUCCAGUACAACUGGUCAGGUUGUUCAUUUCAAACUGUUCCAUCUGAUCUCGCACCAGUUUUUCGCCAAAGCACAACCACCAGCGAUACCUCGCCAUCAACAACCCCAGCAGAUUCUCAUCCAGAGAAACCCAUUCUGCUGGUGUGGGUCUGGCCUGAAACGGACAGCUUCAAAUUCGACCCCGUUGAGUGCAAACGCCGGCACGACAUCGACGGCUGUUUCUUGACGGACGAUAGAGAUCUGUACAACCGUUCAGAUGCGGUUCUUUUCUACCACAAGGGAAUCAAAAAGGAUCUGUCCAACCUUCCCCAGACUCCACGUCCUCCUUUCCAGAGGUGGAUCUGGUUCAACCUGGAAUCGCCGACCAACACUCGGCCGAAAGCUGGAUUGGAGAACCUCUUUAACUUGACUCUGACUUACAGAAGAGACUCGGACAUUUCUGUGCGAUACGAAAUGACUGUCAGGAAACGCCCAUUUGAGAACAUAGUGAUCCCCAAGAAGGACAAGCUCGUCUGCUGGUUUGUUUCCAACACCAGCCCCGGUACUGGAGCGUGGGCUAGAAUACAGUACUACGAAGAGCUCAAGAAACAUAUCCAAGUGAAUAUCUUUGGAAACAUGGCCGGACAGCGCUUAAAAGAUGAGGACUACUACCCUACCAUGUCCAGCUGUAAGUUCUACCUCUCUUUUGAGAAUUCCAUCCAUAAAGACUACAUCACAGAGAAGUUCAACGGUCCAAUCACAGCAGGGACUGUACCAGUUGUGUUGGGACCACCAAGAGAAAACUAUGAACAGUUUGCUCCCGGUAAUUCCUUCAUACACGUCAAUGACUUCCCCAAUGCCUCACUCCUCGCCCAACAUCUGCUUCAACUGGACAAAGACAACGAAGCCUACAGUCACUACUUCGACUGGAGAAAACACAUCUCAGUGGUUCCUCACUAUUCAAUUUGGAAUGAAGAGUUUAUACUGCCUAUCUGUCAAGCCUGCGAUUAUAUUUCAAGACACAAAGAGUACAAGCAAGUGCAUGAUCUCUUCAAGUGGUAUUCUUCGUGAUUAUUUCCCACUAUGAUAGAGUGCAAUCAUUUAUUUUAUUUUUUUUUAAAUAGGAACAAACAUCCAAAGCAAGCAGAGCAGAAUAUAUCAAACAUACUGUAUGAUAAUAAAUAUAAUAUAAAAAGAGAUAUGUCACUUUAUUACCUGAUAUCCAGGGCACUUUAAAAUAAGACAACCAUUAAUAAAAUUUAUGCCAAUUUUAAUGUUUAUUUAUUUAUGGGUAUUCUACAUACACACAAUUGUCAGCUCAUAUUAGUCUCUGCUAUU